CUUUUUGUGGUUUAAAUACCGUCUUUACACUGCUGACUCAUCAUUUUAUUAUAUAUUUAUAUGCGAUAUAUAUAAACAUGUUUGUAUGAUUGUCAGUUGUUUAAAAAUGUCUAGCAAAAAAAAAAAUUUUGUUUGAAAAUUAUUAAGAUAUUCAAAAAUGAGAGGAAAAGUUGUAAGGUCUACUGGUAUCACUGUAGAAAUGGUGAGGCGCGCGGUCGAGGAAUUGAUGAUGAAACGAGCAGGUGUCAGUGCAAGAAUGAUUGGCGAAUAUUUGAAAACUCGGUACCCUAUUGAAAAAAACCCAAGUUUACUUAAAAAGGAACUUAAAGAUAAAUUAGAUCAUGCUGUCACGUUGGGAAUUUUAUCGCGCUCUGAAACUGAUACUUAUUGUAUUGGUACUUUUAGACAGAAGGCUUAUAAUUAUAAAACUGACUUAUCUUCAUUUUGGGAAAGAUAUUACAAAAAAAGACCAGGACGUCGUUUGAAACCACCGCCGCCUAAAAAGAAAGUAGAAAAAAAAGUUGAUAAUUAUUACAGCGACUCCAGUGAUUUUAGUGAUUCUGAUUUUAGUGAUUGAUUUUU